AUGGACCCACUCGGAAGCAUCAACACCAACACAAACAACAACAACAGCAACAACAACAACAGACCAAACCCAUUCAGCUCAAACCAACAACAACAACAACAACAACAACAACACUACCAUCAACAACAACAACAACAACAACAUCACUAUCAUCAAACACCCGACAAACGAUAUUACCCAAAAUCGCCAAACACCUCAUGGCCAUCAUCUCCACUCAUCAAACCAAACUUAGUAGGAGCCGCAUCAGCCAACCAACAGCCUAUCAUCUGGCCAGCACGCUCCAAUCCAACAACGCCCACUAUCACCCAACUCAACCGAGAACCACGUAGUCCGAUCAGAGAAGAACCACGUAGAACACUCAACAACCAACAACCCAUCCCACAACACUCAGAACACACUCAACAACAACAACACCAGCAACAACAACAAAAACAACAACAACAUCAACAUCAACCAUACCAACAGCAACAACAACAACAACAUCAUCAUCAACAACAACAAUAUCCUAAUAUCUCACAGAAUAAUCAUCAAAAUACUCCCUCAGAAAACAUCCGCCCAGAGAAACGACAGGCUAAAAUCAGAGUCACCGGCAUCGAACGUAACCGAAGAGAUCUUUAUAUCAAGUUUGACGCUUGGUCUAAUUUGACAACAAAUAGGACUGGCCAUUGUCCUAAUGUCUCUAGAGCUUAUAAGGAAUUCUUGUCGUUUCAUGAGGCCUUGAUCUGUAAUAAUCCACAUACGAUCGUCCCACCGAUCCCAUUUCCAAAUACUUCAGCUCCCAGUCCAGCAGAUGAUGAUAGAUUGGUUGCCUCAGCCUUCCAACAAUUCUUUGACAGAUUACUCAUAAACAACUUCUUGAGGAACGACGAUGAGUUGCGAGUGUUUCUAGAGUCUGAUUUUGGGUACACGCCCCAGACGAAGAUCAAGAAGCGAUCGAUCACCAGUGGAUCGGGCUGGCUUAGCAAGCCUGCCGUCGGCUCCUCCGUCCGUACCUUACCCUCGAGCACGAUCCAACAGGGACCAGGAGGGACCCCGGAUACGGUGGUAUCGAUCGUCGAAGAGGAUGAACUAUCAAAUGCGAAGCUGCAGUUCAGACUAUUGGAGGAUCGCUUGGUUGACUGUUGUCGCUCGGUCGAACAGCUCUCCCGUUCCCGGCGCUCGCUAGCCCAAGCCCUACUCGAUCUCUCCGGUCGGGUCACCCAGUUCUCGACCACCGAGUCACACGGCGCCCUAGCUGAGGGCUUCCGUCGAUUAGGCCAGACGAUCCGGGCGAUCUCAGAGCUCGAGACGAACAGCGCAGUGGGCUAUCUGGUGACGCUCUCGGAUGGCCUCAGUUGGUGCUCGGUGAGUGCUAAAGCAGCCAAGGACGUGCUCCGGAACCGGGCCGGAGUCUUGCACGAACAUUACACGAGCGUCAAGAAGUCGAUCGAGAAGCGCAGACUGAUCGAGCGGAUCAAGAGCACCAACGUCUCAUCCGAACGUGUCGAAAGCGCACUGGAGGAAUUGGAGGAAGCCAAAAAGGCGGAGGAGACGAUCGCCCAGAAGGCCAUGUUGAUCUCGACUAACCUGAGACCGUCCUUACGGAGCCAUUCGGAACUCCUGCACGACGAUCUCCUCUACUCGUUGAUGGAAAACGCUCGGACUCAGUUGAUCUAUGAGAAACAGAUCCUCAAAGAACUCGAGCGUGUCAAGCCUGAAUUAGAUUCGAUCAGCUUACGUCCAGCCAACGUGAUCUAUGGCCAUUCGUCGACGAACCUCGAAUCCGACUCACAUCAUCAUCAUCAUCAUCAUCGACACCAACAAGAUUAUCAGAAUAAUAAUAAUUAUAUAAGAAGAGAUUCAUCAGCUGAUCAUCCAAACCAUCGCGCCUCAUUGUCAUCCUCUACUUACUCUAAUCACCAGGCCCAACACUCUUCGACAAUCAUCAACCAUCAUCAUAUCCAACCCACCCCGAUCCGCACCGGCGAGAUCUCCAAGAAAUUGGUCGUCCAUGAUCGGCUCGGCGAGAACGUCGACUGUCGGCAACGCGUCGAUGCUAAAAGCGCCGCCGCUUCGUUGGCUCGCUUGUUUUAAUCUCCCUCUUUCUCUUUUCUUCCUCUGAGCCUCACUCUCUCUCUCUCUCUCUCUUCAUCUCUCUCAUUUCCUCACUGUUCUCACUGUUUCUCUCACUUUGUUCUUCCAUCUGCGUCUUCAUUCAUUUUUCUUCUUUGUUUUUUUUUCAGGUCAGCUUUUGCUCUUCCUCUGUUUUUCUUCUAACUAUAUAAGCCUUAUGCGUUUGUAUAAAAUGAGUCCUACAUAUAUGUAUAAUUAUAUGAAUCA